UAUGAUCCCUACUCGACCGGGACCUACAAAGGGAUUGUCACAUCCGACGGCUUUGUUUACGGCACCUAUUUGGAUGUGCAAACUGGUGCGAGUUCAAUCAAGUGCAUGGUGGCUUUCAAUCAGUAUUGGUCUAUAAGGCAGACGACCAGGACGGGCGGCAUGGUUACGACAAGUAAUCGUUUUAGUGCGUGGGAGAAGCUGAGGUUGGAGACUGGGACGUUCAAUUAUCAGAUUGUGGCGGUGGAGGCGUUUAACCAGGGGCGGUGA